AUGCCGCGGGACGCGCGCGGGGGCGACGGAGGACGCGAUCACGCGCCCGCGUCGACGUCCUCGGCGUCGGCGUCGGCGGGACGGGCGAGCGAGCGCGACGCCGCGAACGCGCUCGCUCGAGCGCUCGAACGCGAGUGGACGACGGAUGCGUUGGAUGACGUCUUGCGAACGGUCGUCUCGGCGUGUGGGUGCGUCGACGCGCGUGAGAGAGAUUUGGAGAUCGCUCGAGAGCGCAUGAUCGAGGGCGUGGACGCGGUGGGACGGAUGGUGGAGGCGGACGAAGACGGAGGCGACGCGAGCGUCGCGCGGAGAGCGCUGGAGUCGGUGUCUCGAGCGUUUUGCGACGCGGCGAUGGGGGCGGUGACGAGAGAGGAACGAUCGAGAUGGUUCGGUGCGCUCGUGAUGGCGGCAUCGACGUCGGAGGCGGCGAUGGUGGCGGCGAUGGCGGCGACGAGACGGGCGGCGGCGGCGCGUGGCGGGUUCGAAGAUGAGACAAUUAGAGGAGACCUACGUAUUGCGAGCGGCGUCGACGGCGUCGCUCUGGCGCUCGUGAUUGCCGCCAGAGGACAAGAAAGCGCCAGAUCGAUUGCGAGACGGUCGAUAGCGAGCGAUUUAGAGCAAGCGAUGGCGGUUUGCGACGUCGAGUCGCUGUACGAUUUUGCAGAAUAUUUGUUGUCAAGUCUUGACGCGCACGACGCGCACUCGUUCAGGGCGAUCGCUGCUCAGGACGUAACGCUUCGCAUUCGAAUCGUCAUCACGCUUCUUAAGCGCUUCAUCGAGAGCGUGGGUACGAUUGACGCCACCCUGCGAGUGUUCGAGGAGUUGGUUCAGUUUGAUUUUGGUGACCGAGUGGGAGAGCUCAUGAGUGAUGCGCGACGAGCGAUCGAGUGCUUACCCGAGUUGAGCGCAUCUAUUGGUGAGGACAUGGCGUUGCAAGUCGCUUCAGCGCUGGCUCGAAUUGUCGACGCCAAGUCUGUCGGCGUGUUGUUCCAAAGUGGCGCGUCAUUUAAUUCAGUGGCAGGCUUACGGAUGUUCGGAGAGAUGAUGAAGGCCGACAGGCGCGUAAGCGAGGGAAAUGAAGCGCUGGAAAACGCUCUCGUAGACGAUAGAAUGAGCGUACGACGCGAGGCAUUCGCUGUUACGACCAGUUUACUCAACGGAGGAAUUUUCGUGGACGAGAAGACUCUCAAUAAGGCUGAAGCGGAGGCUAAAGUGGAUGCCAUUUUGUCGAUCAACGAGGUACUACGGACAUUUUCUCGACAGCACGAAAUUCCUAUCAUACGAUCGGAUAUGGUUCAGUCGCUGACGGAAUCGCUUGGAUUGAUUUUGGCCCUCGACGCGAGUGGAAAAUCAGUCAAGAAUAGAGAUAUCGUGAGAAACUCACUUCGCAUGCUCUCGGCUCUGAGUGAAUGUCUCGUCAUUCAGGCACGCUUUGCAAGAGACAAAGAAGGUGAUGAUAUCACUUUCAUGGAGGCUGAGGCGUUUGAAGACGCGAAGGACCGACCCGAGUCGCACGUGCUGGCUGAGUUGUUACCGGUAGUGGAGGUUGUGCUGGAGUCAAUGCUCUCGCAUUCAAAAUGGUUCAAAGAUGUGUUGGAGCUCCUGGAGCGACCAAAAGUGGACGAUGAUUCCAGCGGGACGUUGGAAAGCUGGAUUACGCGAUUACUCUUCAUGCAUCUCCAGCUCAGUUGUGGUGCAUCUAGGAAGGUGAGCGGAUCGUCAAUUUUGUCGAUUGCCAGUUGCGCUCGACUUCUCUCCGACGAGGCCGAAUGGCCUGAGGAACUACAGCGGCACAUCACGCGUGUAUGCGCUAAGACGUUACAUGCUACGCACGUGUCAUCAGGCGAUUCGCACCUUUCGAGGCCAUAUUCUGAGCUCAUGGCUGACUGCGCUCGCCAAAGCGUCGAACUUUUGCGUGAUGACUGGUUCGCUCUCCGCGGAAUCAAAGUCGCCUUGGAUCCGAAAUCAUGGUCCAAUCACGGUGCUUUAGAGGCGAUGAGGGCGUUUAAGGCACUCUGUGAGGUUGCCGUGAGUUGCUCCGCAUCUUCAGAUCCUGAGCUGUGUGUACUUCAAAACGUGAUGCGUGCAUCGUUCACAGACGCCGAGUUAGAACAGGCCGCAAAGGAUGUCGUCUUGUUCAGCAAACCACACCUCGGGAGAAAAGCAUUCGAAAGUGCGGGACGUUUGGGUAAAGAAGCACCCCUUUCCGGCGCCGUUGCGUUGUUCGUCACAUCGUUGCGCUUUCAGUUUCUAGAUACAUACUCGGGACGCGACGCUAACGCUGCAUGGAACAACGUCGCAAAAGAGGCAUUGAACGUACUUACCGUCAUCCUUCCGAUGACCACCUACGAAAGAUCAAAGUCACAUCUGGUGGAAGCUUCCAUGGUCAUGCUUGAGGAUGCAUUAAUUACAAUGCAGGAUCUGCCUGUCGAGUUGACUUGUCAACUGGCUUGCGUCAUUUUACGUCAUAAUAGACGAAAAUUCCCGCUAACAGACUGUGUUAGGACUGCUUCAAUGAUGUUAAAAAUCGUAUUGAGUUACUCGUUGACGUCCAUACCGGAUGAGUUCGAAGACUUACUCAGCAUGAUUAACGAUAUCAUUUCAGAGCUUUCAUCGGAUGCGUGUGUUGAUAAGAUAGUGAAGGAGGAUGUGCUUAUCUUGUUGACGCCUGUUUUGGUCAAGACGGGUGAAAUGUUGUGGCGUCACUUGCAUUCAAGGCAGAGGACCCUUGAUGACGUCGAAUCCAUCUUCCUCGAGCUCGGUUCCCGUGCAUUCGAUUACUGCAUUUCAGCGGCGACCGAGCUCACUCGCGCGGAUGGAAACGAAAAGAAAUUAGAGAGUGAACGGCGACACGCAUCUUUAGUUCUAGCGGGUGCGCGUCUUCAUCACUGCACCGAGAAGAUGUCGCGUCUUUAUGACACAAAGUUGUUGGGUGCGUUUGAGCUCAAGCGCCGAAACUUCAUGGUUGUUUGCGCAGGCGUUUUCACCAAUCUGAGGGCACUGCAACUCCUUGCGACUAGAAGUUCACCCCUUGACCGCGGUCUGAUAGCCAUCGGCAACGCGCUUGCCAUGGACGAUAUCGAGUCUUAUGCCGAUAAUUUGUCGCGACUCGGAGAGAGCGUUCAAACCGUCAGUGGGGAUGUGCUGCAGCACAUGUCAAACGUGGUCUCUCGAGAGAAUCCCGCUUCGAAGCCACGUAAACGCAUCAGAAAUCCGUACCUAGACGCUGUCGUCGCUCGAGAGGGAGGUGGUCAAGACGAGUACGACGACAUGGCAGACUUCAUUGUGUGUAAACCUGGACGGGAUUACUCACGAAUAGUGUGA